AUGGCAGAUAAUGCGGAUGAUAUCGAAUCUGGAGAUGUCUCAGAUCAUACUGCUUCUGAGGAGCACUCAAGGACAAGUUUUAAUAUUCCAGCCAUCAGAGAACUUAUAAUAUCUAUUCUUCACAGUACUCUGGAUGGCCAAAUUUAUUUGCCACAUACUGCCAAAACAAUUACAAUAGAUCUGGCUAAUGCAAUAAAUAAUUCCAUUAAAGGCUUGCAGCAGAGCCGUUAUAAGCAUAUAGUACAGGUGGUUUUAGGCGAACAGAAAGGUGCAGGAGUGAAAACAGCCAUGCGAAGUUUGUGGGAUAUUGAAUGUGAUACAUAUGUAUCAGAAGAAUAUAAAAAUCCAUCAUUAUUUUGUUUAGUAGCUGUUUUUGGUAUCUAUUUCUACUGA